GAGACGUGCACCACCUAAAUUCAAAACCUUUAAAUGAAAAGAUUGAAAUCGUUGGGUUCACCGUCUCAUCAGAUCAAACAAAUUGUUCACUGAUCUGAGAGAGAUAGAGAUGACGAGCAUCGAAGAUGACAAAAACAGAUCAGUGCAGCCUCCUCCGUUUCAAGGCGCCUCCAACUAUCCACAGCAGCCGCCCGCUGGUUAUCCACAGCCGGCUCAGCCCUACGUCUCCGGUUAUGCUGUAAAUGGGCUAACAGAAGAGCAACGUCGUCUUCCUUGUUGUGGUAUAGGCAUUGGUUGGUUAUUAUUCAUCCUUGGUUUCUUCUUCGGUGCUAUCCCCUGGUACAUUGGCUUCUUCCUUUUACUAUGCUCUAGAAAUCCGCGUGAGAAACCAGGAUAUAUAGCUUGUACAAUUGGAGCUGUUAUUGCCACGGGUUUCAUCGUUUUUGGAGCUAUAAGAGGAUCCGGGGUCUGGUAGUAAAGUGAAAUGUAGUGCUCCAAAUCCGGUACAGACCGGUUCGGGAGAUACUGGUGCAUAAGAAGAUUGUACAUGUGUGUUUUUUACUUAAAGAGCUCAAUGUAAACUGUUUGAAGAUUACAGAGCAUUCAGAAAAAAAAAUACUGUCUCCUAAAAGCCAUAUUGAAGUGUUUCUACUGAAAUAAUAUAUAUAUGUGAUUUAAUAUAUGGGUAAUUUAAAACAUUAUUAACGGAAUCUCUCACAUGAUCGGUUAUAAGAAAACAAUAAAAACCAGAAAAAAAUAGAAAAAUAGAUGUUGUUCUAAAUCAAAAAAGCUUUAAAAGUGUUAAGAAAAAUGUACUAACAUUUGUUUUGAAUAGUUUAAUUUCUUAUAUUUAAAAUUUAAUGUAGUAUUAAGUUAAGAGAAAAGUAAUAAUAUUAAUAAAAUAAAGAUGAAAUACUCUUGUCAUCAUCAACUAAUAGAGCCUUACGUUUGUCCUAUGGAAUGCUCUUUAAGGCCCAAGUGGAAAAACAAAAGCCCACAGAAACGGCCUAGGGUUGGGUCCUAGAGAGCGCUCUCGCUUAUAGUUUCUCUUCACCGCCACCUUUCAGCUCUUUCUCUCCUCUCUGUUUCCUUCGAGCUCAUUUCCUUGGAGCUUGAUCUCUCCCUUGAAAUGGGUGCUUUCCGGGAUUGAUUCUUUGAGCAGUUUCACCAGUACCAAGUGGUUGGGAGAGCCCUCCCUACAGAGAAAGAUGUGCAGCCUAAGAUCUACAGGAUGAAGCUAUGGGCUAGUAAUGAAGUCCGAGCCAAGUCCAAGUUCUGGUACUUCCUGAGGAAGCUCAAGAAGGUUAAGAAGAGCAACGGACAAAUGCUUGCCAUCAAUGAGGUCAUUUAAUUGUCUUACAUACCCUUUCUUUUGUAUGUUCAGUCUGUUUAUGAUUCUGUGGUUUCUACUCUUGUAGAUUUUCGAGAAGAGCCCCAC